AUGGACACGGCCAAAAGAAAGACGCACAACGAGGAGGACAGAACAACCCUAGCAAACUUCCCUAGCCCGAGUUACGUAAAACUAUUCAUUAUCCCCGAUGAAGAGUUGCUAAAUUUCGUGGACAAUUUUAUUGAAGCCAUUUUUAACGAAGCCACGUACACAAGAACGAUCCAAAAAAUGAAUAUAAAAAAAAAAUGCAUAAUUACAAACUUACUGGAAGCGCAACAGAAAUUUUACAAAUCCAAUAUGAAGGAAAAUCCGAUAUUUCUGUACAACAUUUCUGACGAACAAGUGAAAAACAUUUUUAACAAGACGAAUGGGGAAAAAAUCGAUUUUCAUUUAUUUCACGAAGCAAGACGAAUAAUACAAAUGGUGAUGGACAAUUUUCAGACGUACGAAAAUUACGAGAAGGGCCUUUUCGAUGAAGACAAAGUGAUGACAAAAAACGAAUUGGAAAAUUACAUCGAUAAAUAUUUAACAAUGAAUGGAAUAACAAAUAAAAUAAAAGUCGAAUUCAAAGAGGACUUAAUAUCUGCAGUGAAAAUUUUCAAAAAAAAAAAACAAUAUUUUUUACAUUUACAAAACCGCAAAAGUGUUAAGGAAAAAAUGAUGCUUUCCUUGUGCAAUCAUGAAAUAGGGACACAUUUAUUACGCAUGAUAAAUCACGAUAGGAACAAUUUAGACAUGUAUAAUUUUCGUUCCUGUUCUACCACUGAAGAAGGAUUAGCUGUGAUUAAUUCGAUGUAUCCCUUUCGAAGAAAUUACCUAUUCCUUGUUUUGCCAGCCAUAAAAUAUUUAACCGUUUGUUUGGGCAAUUUUUACACCUUUUCAAAGCUUUUUUUUUUUUUAAACACUUUUGUUAAGGAUGCGGACACAUGUUUUAAGAUGUGCGCGCGCGUUAAACGAGGACUACAGGACACCUCCACCCCUGGCAGUGUGUACCAUGAUCAGUUAUACUUUAUCGGUUCGUAUAGCAUCUUAAAGUGGCACAAGAAUAUUAACUUUCAGUUGCUAUAUUCGGGGAACAUCGGGUUAAGGUGCCUAAAUAGCGUUUCCAAUUACGUGAACGUGAAGGAUAAUUUGCUCCCGUUUUUUUUAUCUGACGAGGAAAAGGUCACUACCUAUUUGAAGUUUCUGAGCGACGUGUCCUACCGAAAUGGGAUUACUCCCGCUAGUUGCAGCUUCAUCGAUAAUGGGUAA